UCGUAGUACAGGUCACCGGUCAAAUUAAUUAACUCAAUGAGGCAUUGAUUAGCCAAACAGGUUGGGGUAAACGUGGACUUAAACUGGCGUAUUAGACGGUUGCUGCAAAUACUGGGAUGAUUUUAGGAGAGGUUUUGAAAUGGCUAAGCUGUCACAUUUUAACAGACAUAGUUUUACACCAACAUGAAGAUCAUUGAAACAUGUAUUUCACUGCCUAGGACCAUUGCACAUUAGUGUUUGCAUUUCUAAGUAUUUAUCGUUGCAUAUUUUACAUCAGUCGGUCUUUAAAUCGGAUUCUUCUGGAUUUAGAUCCCGUCCUUUGAACCCCGAACCUGAGAUCCUACCGGUUGCCUGGCAGCUGACGUCACUGUAAACAAGCGCAGGCUUCAGUUGGGUCGGUUUCAGUACGAGAGGGUUCUGUUCGGGUUCCGGUGCUCCGGUGUGGAGCGAAGUGGCGAUGGCUAAAACGAUCGGAAUUCCUCCAGAUGGGACGUGGAGCUGGAACGAUGAAGCUGAAACUCUCGUGUUUUUACGCUCAAGUGAUUCUGAUGAAAUAACAGAAAAUGUGAAGAAGACCAAUCUCGUGCAUGCCCCUGAGUUUACUGGCAAAAGACUUGAAAGGUCUGUACAGUCCUCGGCUUUGGCUUCUAAGGAGCACGGUGACAAUUGUGUUCCAGAGGAGCGCAGUAACAUUGGCCAAGUACCGGGAAAUAUUUCCUUAAAGAAGGACCAAUCAGACUGUGUCACCAUUGAACACAUUAAAGAGGAGGCUCUCUCACAUCUGCAAAGGGAAACAUCUCAACGCAUUCCAACACAGUUCCUGUCUCUGCUAAGGGGUGAUGCUCUGGAUGACUUCCUACGUGCCCUGUUGCUGUACCUGUCCUGCUUUUUUGAAAAGAGGAUGCUGGCCAAGAAGACCAAGACACGCGUGGCGGACCAGAGUGUAACAGGACGGCAGGAGAUGGUGGAGGCUGGUGCCAAGGUGGACCUGGCCCAGAAGCAGCUUGCUUCUUGCUAUGCCAGCUUGAUCCUUGGAGCGAGUCUGCCGCAGCACCAUCACAUGGCAUGCGGAAGGAGCAGAACAUCAUCGACUUACAGAGACAGGCAGUUCUUUGAAUGGGUGUACAGCUUCAUCUGUUACUCCGCCUGGCUGACGUUCGGACGAAAGGACCUGCUGGCCAUCCAGCAGGAGGUGGGGAGAUUGAUGCGCUCCGAUGCCUUCAACCCUGCUCUGAGAGUGAGGCGGAGUGGAAGCGUGGAGGAGCCCUUCUGCAGCACCUCCUUGAAACAGGGAGAAGCAGGGGUCGAAGGUCAUACCCAGCCACAUCCGCACCAGAGGAGGAAGCCCCAGAAGAAACCUGCUUUCAGCAGAAUCGUGACACAGUGUUCUCCUCUUCUGAUGGCCCUGCUCCCCUCAGCCGCCCUGUGCCUGUCUGCCACACCGCUGCCUCGGACAGCGACCCCUGGUGGAGACUGUGAUACGGAAGCCCUGAAUGAACAGCUCGCCUAUCAGCUGGCCUCUGCCCGGUUUGGUAUCCUGGGUACGCCACUACAUCAGGUCAGCAGCACCACCUUCCAGCCUGUGGGAGAGGAUGAUGAAGAAGGUGAUGAGGAAGAGCUGGAAGAGAAGGAGGAUGAUGAAUAGAAUGGCGGGAUAUCGCUAGAGCGCUGCCGGAGUGACAUUCAGACAGAGUGACACCUGCAUCCUGCAUUCCUGUGGCCUUUCAGAUGACACAAAAAAAAUUUUGUAACUCAAAAAUGCGUAAAUAUAUGUACACUGCUGGUUUGGAGGACGCCAAGUGUGUUUACCUCAUGUGAUACCUCGCAGUAAUCUAUAUAUGACGCAUUUGUCAUA